UUUAUGGACUGAGCACACUGAGCUUUGACUUCAGAUGUAACCAGACAUCAACAGCUUCACAGCUUUACUGGACACUUGUCACCUCAGAUUUACUGCAGUAAAAACAUCUCAUUGCUUUCCAGUGACAGCUUUAUUUUCCUUCAGCAUGGGUGGUGGAAAGUCAAAACCAGAGCCCCCACCUGCUCCUUUUGAUAAACCAUGGAGAAACGUACCAUGGGGGAAAAGAGAAGAAAACCUUGAUUAUGUGAAAAAGUUCAAGCCUCGUUCAGGAGCUCAACAUCUCAGAAUUCUGCAGCAUGGACCACCAGGCGCGGGAAAGUCCAGCUUCCUCAACUCUGUUGACAGCACUCUACGAGGGAGAAUUGCAACUCGAGCUUUGGCAGCAACUCACUAUGAUGGCAGCUUUACCAAACAGCAUAAAAGUUAUAAAAUCGAGAAAGAAGAUCCUGGAACCUUUUAUCCCUUCAUCUUCAAUGACACCAUGGGCAUUGAGAAGAGCGACAAGGAAGGGGUAAAUAUCGAAGACAUCAAACUGAUCUUAAAAGGAAAGAUCAUAGAAGGAUACAAGUUCAACCCUGGCUGUCCCCUGUCUGAGACUGACCCCUUCUACAACGGUACACCAACUAAGAAUGAUAAAGUUAGUGUUCUAGUUUGUGUUGUUCCUGCCAACACACAAGCACUAAUGGAUGAUAAAGUCGUUCAGAAGAUACGGGACGUCAGAGAAGCAGCCAGUGAGUUAGGAAUCCCACAAAUUGCUGUUCUCACCAAAAUCGAUGAAGCCUGCCCUGAAGUCAACAAAGACCUGAAGAAUGUCUACAAGAGCAAGUACAUCAAAAAGCAGAUGGAAGCAGUGAAUGUUGUGCUGGGAAUUCCAAUGAACUGCAUCUUCCCAGUCAAGAACUACAGCUCAGAAAUCGAUACAGAGGAUGAGACGGAUUCACUGAUACUGAGCGCAAUGAGAAAGAUCCUUGACUACGGAGAAGACUUCCUGAAUGACCAGUCUGCCCCAGAUGACGAUGGCACUUAGGACAUCACCAUCAAUCACAACAUGGAACAUGACUGAAAACAGUGAUAAUAAAAACACUAACAUUUAACAGCUGAAAACAGAACUGAAAUGUUAACAAUGUCAGCAGGAUCACAAUUUGCUGAGUUCUCGAUUAAUAAAUCAAAUGAAUUAAAGUUGCUCUCCAGAUAUGAGAUGAAUUAUUCAUCUCUGCACAAGUGAAUUUCACAGUCUGGCGGAAACCGGGCGUCAGCCUGAAGUAGCGCUGGAACAGGCCGUCCCCCAGGCGUAGCUCCUGCAGAAGAUGGUGGAACUCACCGAGCUCAUACUGCCUCCGUAGGGCAGCAUGCAUCCAGAAGCGAUGCCGGCGCCUCGCCCACAGCCGGAGCUGACUUCUCCAUGCCAAAUACAGAGCAGCGAUGGUGGCAGGUGGAGCAUCUCAGUCUCAGUCUAUAUUUGUAAAAGCACUUUUUAUAUUCAUAAAAACAAUGCAAAGUGCUGAACAGUAAAAACAGUCAUAAAAACAAAAAAGAACAAAAACCACACCAUCGAUCAGUACACACACACACACACACACACACACACACACACACAAACAAACAGAUACACUCCCAUUAUGUGCCGUGUUCGACAGUGAAAUGAUUGGCAAGCUUGGAGUGACAUGAUGCCACGGCGAGUGACGAGGGUUUUUUGGAUUUUUGUACCAGUGAUAAAAUUUGAGCAUGAAGCGCAGCAUGAUUUCAUUUGUCGCGCGAAUGCAGUCACGUUCACCGCGUCCGGUGGAAACACGGCCUAAGGAAUGUCAAAUGUAAAGAUUCCUGCUGUUAUUUUGGUCAUAUAAAUAUUUAUUCAAAGAAAAUGUUCAAAUGUGGAAUAAUUAUUGAAUCAGGGUUCCUCCCCCUCCUCAUUAGUUUAUGUUUCCUUUCCUCUUGUGUUAUGUCUCCCUCUCUCCUACUACCAAUCUAUUAUUCGAUUAUCCUGUUACCUGUUACCCAUUAUCUAUCAUGUCGUGCCUGCUCCCUCCCCUCUGUUUAUAUUAACCUCCACAUGUGUUCUUGUAUUUUUCUGUAUGCAGUUCACACUGCAUAGUAAUUAUGUAUUGAGAAAGUCAACCACGGAGAGCCUACAUAAUUUUGCUUAUGGAAAUAAAUAUCACCUC